AUGAAUUGUCGUCAUUCGCAGAGGAUGAGCAUCAAGACCAUGAGCUCGAGUCUCAAGCUCUGCCUCGUCCUCUUGCUUCUUCUGCCUUCCCAUCUGUUCGCGCACAUUGAGGUGGACAGAAACUCCGCUCAGCCGCAGCACUCGUGGCAAGGCAGCAGAGCUCAAAGGCUAAACCCCAUGCAGACCAUGGGGGUCAUGCUGGAUCACAUGCGCACCAGUCGGAGCAUGGCUGAGAUGAGGCUGAGAGGCGGGAACGGAGGCAAACCAGGAGGAUCGAUCCACACCAACACCAUCUAUUUGACGGGACUUCCAGCGUAUGCGAACGAGGAGUGGGUAGCAGCGUUUGUAGGGAAGAAGUCGGUGAAGAAAGACAGCAAGACAGGCAAGUUACAGAUCUUCAUGUAUAGAGACAAGAAGGGUGUGGCGACUGGAGCUUGUCUGGUUGGGAUCGAGGGCAUCAGCGAAGCUGAGAGGAUCUGCAAGGAGCUCGAUGGCAAGAAGAUUGAGGGAGUGGAACGUCUAUUAUGCAUUAGAGCGAAGGUAGUGCCUAGGAGGUUUGACAAGGAGGAGAAACUGCCAGAGGGGUGGAAACGAUUUACAGAUCAGGAGAGUGGAAGAGACUACUUCUACAACUCUGUCACCGGAAAAACGCAGUGGGAAGUGCCUGAAAAUGCAUUCAUCUCCUCAACAGAUAGCGGCGUCAAGAUCGGCAGCGCUGCUGGCCUCCAAGAUGCUGACCAGUACGCAACAAGUGUUGGCCCUGAUCCCAACAAGGAUAUGGAGCAGGAUGAUCAAGAUGCAACUGCCAAACCCAAAUUGAGAAGCAUACGAGGCAUUGAUUCUCCCGGCACUCAAGUAGUUCCGGGGGGAUUCAUCUCGAGCAGUGGAACUUUCAUGAAGAAUCUCCCUCGAGGAUCAGCGGAGGACAUGAAGAUGUAUGACAGAAAAGCUCAUGAGCGGGCGGCGCACAAGGGACCAUUCUACGGAGACCCUGGUUUCAUUCACUGUGAGGGUGUGUCGGGCGAUGUCGUUGCAAGUGUUUCAACAAUUGUGUUGGUCUCUGCACAUGUCCAAGAUUGUUACCCCGGUACCUGCUGGCCCAUGCAUCCUGAGAUCGCGCGGUUGAGGAAGCUUGGGAUCGAGAGAACGGAGUACAUCUACAACUCGCUGCAGCCUCCUCCAGGGUACAUAGCUGGGGUAGGACGAGGCGCCGUUGGCACUACGACCGUUCAAGACGAGGGACCUUCUUUCGACGCGUAUGAGUACGCGCUUAGGAGCUUCGACAGAGCAAACAGACUGCGGAAGGCUCAGAGGAAGACUCCUCAAGGCGCUCCAAGCGGUCAAGGGGAGAGCAGCAUUGUUCCUGGGCAGUUCGACGAUGCGGCAGAAAAGGGCCGAGACCUUAUAGGCGAGUUGCUUGAUGAAGUCGGCGACGAUGGAGGCGAACGAGACGGAGAGAUGUAG